AUGUUUAAUCCAACUAUUCCUAAAGAAGCUCAGGAUUUCGUUGAAUUUGUCAAUAAUUCACCUUCACCUUUUCAUGCUACCUUUGAAGUCUCCAAGAUCUUGAAGGCUGCUGGCUUUAAAGAAAUUAAGGAGCGUGAUAGUUGGAAUGAUGGUUUAAUCCAACGUCAAGGUAAAUAUUUCUUUACCCGUAAUGGCUCUGCUAUUAUUGCAUUCCAAGUGGGUGGAAAAUACAAUCCUGGUAAUGGGUUUUCUAUUCUUGGUGCUCAUACUGAUUCACCUUGUCUUAAGGUUAAGCCUGUUUCUAAGAAGGAAAAAGCUGGCUAUCUCGAAGUUGGUGUACAAUUAUAUGGUGGUGGUAUUUGGCACACUUGGUUUGAUAGAGAUUUAAGUGUUGCUGGUCGUGUUCUUAUUGAACAAGAAGAUGGUACAUUUAAACAUACUUUAGUUAAAGUAGAUAGACCUAUCUUGCGUAUUCCUACUCUCGCUAUUCACUUGGAUCGUACUGCUAACGAAAACUUUUCAUUCAACAAAGAAACUCAGUUGGCUCCUAUUCUUGCAACUGCUGUCAAAGCUGAAUUAUCUGGUAUCAAGACUACUGAAGGUAUUGAAGCUGAGGAAAGCCAUCAUUCUUUAUUAGUUCGUAUUUUAGCUGAUGAGAUGAAUGUGGAACCAAAUCAAAUCCGUGAUUUUGAAUUAGCAUUGUAUGAUACGCAAAAAUCCGUUAUUGGAGGUGCAUGCAAUGAAUUUAUUUUUUCACCUCGUCUUGAUAAUCUUGAAAUGUCUUAUUGUUCCAUUCGAGCUUUAGUUGAAGCAACUGAUAUUGAAAAUGAUGAAAACAUUCGUAUCGCUGCUCUCUUUGAUAAUGAAGAAGUUGGCUCCAUGACAGCUCAUGGUGCUGAUUCUAAUCUUUUGCCUGUUACCCUUCAACGUUUAGCAAACACCCAUAUUGUGGAUGCUACUAAAGAAGUAUCUUUAACUGCAUUUGAGGAAGCGAUUCAUAAGAGUAUCUUGGUUAGUGCUGAUAUGGCACAUGCUGUUAAUCCUAAUUAUGCUGAUAAACAUGAAGAGAAUCAUCGUCCUCAAAUGCAUAAAGGUACAGUCAUUAAAGUGAAUGCAAAUCAACGUUAUGCUACUACAGCUGUUACAAGCUUAGUUUUGAAGGAGUUGGCUAAAAAGCAUCAAAUUCCAAUUCAGGAAUUUGUUGUGCGUAACGAUUCGUCUUGUGGAUCUACUAUUGGACCUAUGUUAAGUGCUAAACUUGGUCUCCGUACAGUUGAUAUUGGUAAUCCUCAAUUGAGUAUGCAUUCUAUUCGUGAAACAGGUGGCACUGACGAUGUUAAACAUGCUAUUGACCUCUUUAAAGUAUUUUAUCAAGAAUUUGCUGUAUUAGAACAAAAGUUCAUUGUUGAUUAA